UCAAUUCUCAAUUCUCCUCCUGCCGACGUACGAUCUACUCAUCAAUCAUCAAACAAACAAACUCUCUUCUGACAAUUGGAGAGAAAGAUAAAGCGAGAUACACAAAUGGCUGAAGGUGAAGAUCUAAACACCAAACAGAGCAGCGGCGGCGUAUACGUGGAGGUGACCGGUAACGGAGAAACUAAGUCGAACCAUCGGGACGAUGUGUCGACUCUCGACGCUGUCCUCCGUCGUCUGGUUGCAGAUAUCUACUCUUCCGAUAAGAAUGCGCCGGUUUUCAACCGGAUCAAGUCUUCUCUCUCCGAUACUUUUCCUCUUCUUCCAGAAGCUUCGCGGAACACCGGACGCGAUGUUCUUAUUUGGGCUCGCCGCGGCAGUCCUCUUCGUGCUCUUCUCGUCGCCUCUGUUGGGACAAUUGGUGUUGUGACAUUUACAGGACUAUCAGUUUUCAUGGUUUUCUUUUUGGCAGCAACUGUGAAUGCCAUAGUCAUCUCCCUUCUCAUGUCCCUGGCAGCAGCUGGAGGUUUCUUGGCUAUUUUCUUUGCAUGUUUGAUGGCAGUCUACAUUGGAGCAUUGUCAAUUGCUGCCUUUGUCAUUUCUGCUGUUACAAUUUCUGCAGUGAUUGCAGCUUUCAUUGCCACAGGUUGGAUCGGAUUCUUCUUCGUGGUGUGGCUGGUGACAAAGAAAAGUCUGGACAUUGCAAAACAUUCAUUAACCACAACAGGUUCAGCGAUAUCUGCAUAUAAACAUUCUCAUCACCGUCAUCGCGAUUAAGAAUGUAAAUAGAUUAAAAAAAAAGGAAAAAAGAGAAGGGGUUGGUUGGUUUGGUCGCAGUUGAUUUUUUAGUAUCGUCUCCGUAUGCGUGAAAUUUUCGUCUCGUUGCAGCACCGUGUUCAUGCUAUCCAAACUAGGUAUAAUGCUUCUCCCCUGGGUGUUAUUAUUAUUAUUUGUGGUUUGCCCAUAGUGGUUGUAUUAGUAAUAACUAAUAAGCUGUUGUUGUUGGGUUGGGGCUGUACUGUUCAGCCUGUUUUCCAUGUUCUUACCUUUUAUAUAAAGCUUGUUGCUGUUUUCUUGUUGUA